UUCCUUCCAGACCGUAAUGCUCCAACGAAGAACUGAACAGACUGCGCAGGGUCGUGUUAUAGUAGGUACCUGGCGACGAGGCAAGUUAGCUCCGGCCGGCAUCGCUCUAACGCUAGUACCGUAGCAAAUGGCGAGCGGUGCGCUCUUGCGAGCAGUUGUAUUUCCGUAGCUCCUGGGUGGUCCUAGUAGUGCACUGCAAACGCCAUUCCACCCCAAUAGGUUAGCGGCUCGAGGAAUAUUCUGCUGUUUUCUAACGCGUGAUUAGCUAGCCGUAAGCCGUCCGAUUCACGACCUUACGUGCCCGUUUCGCGGCUCCUGUCCCCCUGCAUUUCCGCCGCGAAUGGCGGACGACGGCGAAUGGACGGUCGAGGAGAACACAGCCGUCGAGCCGCCAGUGGCGGAAAACGACGAGCUGUUCCGCGAGGCGUGCGCGUUCGAAGGCGCCGCCGUUGUCGCUAUAGUGGAGGGCUCCUCGAGCCACGGAGGGAAAGACGGCGCGGAUGGCGGAGGGGGGGACCCCGUGGCGAAGACGAUGGAGAUUAUGCUCGACGACGGUGUGCUUCUAACGGUGGAGCUCGAUUCGGGGGAGAAGCGGCUGAACGAGCUGGGGUACCGGCAGGACUUGCAACGCGAUUUGAACGCGUUUGAGCUCUUCGCCGUGUCGCUAACGGGUGUCGGCGUGUUUCUCGGCGUGGUCCCUUACUACGACUAUGCCUUUGCCAGCGGUGGGCCGGCGAUGGCCGUCUGGUUCUGGUGGGUAACCGCCUUCUUCGCGCACUGCAUCGCUCUCUCCCUCGCUGAAAUCGCCUCCUCGCUUCCCACUGCCGGCUCUCUUUAUUUCUGGGCCGCCGCGUUAGCCAAGCCCAAGUACCGGCCUCUUGCGGCAUGGAUCACAGGAUGGCUGGAGUUUCUAGGAGCGUCCAUAGGGACAGGGGGAGUGGCGCUGGGAGGGGUGGGCCUCUUAGCUGACAUUAUUCUGCUCGCCACAGGUGGUGCCAGCGGCAACGGCUACAUGAUGCCAGAGCCCGUUCAGUUCGCCUGCUGCGUGUUCAUUGUGCUCGUGUGCGCUCUGGUCAACCUGUUUCCAAUCAAGAUGGUUGGGCGUGUGCUGCUCAUCGGCAUGAUCAUCCAGGUCCUAGCCGGCGUGGUAGUCAUAAUCACGCUCCCUCUCGUCGCUCCAACCCUUCAACCCGCCUCCUGGGUCUUCGGCCACCUUGAUUUCAACACCUCCAACACCAACCUGCCUAGCAACGGGUACGCGGUGCUAGUGGGUCUGCUCAUGUCUCAGUACGCCCUCUAUUCCUUUGACACCGGAGCACAUGCCUCAGAGGAAGCCAAGCGGUCAGACGUCACGACGCCCAUCGCCAUGGUGGGCGCGCUGAUGCUGGUGUCGUUCCUGGAGUGGGGCGUGGUGGUGGUGCUCACGUUCUGCAUUCAGGACGAGGCGAGUCUGCUUGAUACGGGGAACGUGGCGGGUGGCAAGCCCGUCAUUCAGAUCCUCUGGACCGUGUUUCACGGAAGGUAUGGCAACGCAGCAGGGGUGUAUGUCUUCGUCUGCCUCUUCUUCUCCUCCUUCUUCUUCUGCACUGUCACCUUGGUCUUUGCUGCGGCACGAGUGGGGUACGCGCUAGCCCGCGACAAGGGUCUGCCCUUCUCCUUCCUGUGGCGCCGCAUCAACAAGCGCAAGGUGCCCGUGAACGCGCUCAUGUGCACUGUGGGCAUCGCCAUCGUCGCCCUCCUCCCCCUCCUCGGCGGCAGCACCGCCUACUUUGCUGUCACCGGCAUGGCGACGGUGGGGUGGUUUGGCGCGUACGGGGUUCCCAUCUUCUUCCGCAUUCUACAGCACGAUGGGGACUUUGUUCCCGGGCCCUUCUACCUGAGGAACUAUUUCGGCAAGUUUGGAAGCAAGUGUGUCCACAUCCUCGCGCUGCUCUAUGUGGUCUACACUAUGGUGGUCUUCAUGCUCCCAACCGAGUACCCUAUAGACUCAGAAAACUUCAAUUAUUCGCCCAUUGGCCUCGCCAUUUGCGUCGGGUUCUUCCUCCUAUGGUGGAUAGUCGACGCCCGUCGGUGGUUCAAGGGCCCUAAGAUUGUACGAGAUGAAGAUGCGGACCCCACUCGACCAGGAGGCAUGGCAAAGCUUUUCGAAUAGAUCCGUUUGUAGCAUUUCAUGCUUCUCACAUGAGUACUUCUUUGGCUAGUAGUGUAUUUAAUUGAACAUUUGCCUUGCCAAAUAAUGCACAACUCGGCGUAAAACGCGCUGUGGGACCAUCCUUAUUAGAUUGGAGAGCAUGCUAUACAUUUCUGUAACAGA